UUCGCUUCAGUUCCAGCAGCAAGGCAAAGAAUGAUCCGAACGCUUCCCACCCCGCCCUCCCUCCUCCUCCUCCUCCUCCCUCCCGUCAGGCUCCUCCUCCUCCGCAGCUUCUCCCUCUCCUCGUCUCCGCACCCCGCCUCGGCCCCCCCAGACCUGUCGCCCGCCUCCGUCUGCGACGCCCUCGCCGGCUACGCCAACGACUGGAAGAAAGCCCUCGACUUCUUCGACUGGGCCGCGCGGCAGCGCCGCUUCCAGCACACCACCGACACCUACAACCGCAUGAUCGACAUCUUGGGUAAGUUCUUCGAAUUCGACCUCUCCUGGGGCUUGAUCGACCGGAUGCGAGACGACCCCCUCUCCUUCCCUGAUCACGUCACCUUCCGGAUCAUGUUCAAGCGGUACGUGAGUGCCCAUCUGGUCGAUGAAGCCGCCAAGACGUACCGUAGGCUCGAUGAGUUCGGGCUCAAGGACGAGACGGGGUAUUACAAUUUCGUGGACGCCUUGUGUGAGUACAAGCAUGUGGUGGAAGCUCACGAACUCUGCUUCGGCAAGGACGAGAAGGGAGAUUUGGGUUUCGAUGUGGAUAAGACGAGGAUCUGUAACAUGAUUCUUCGCGGGUGGUUCAAGAUUGGGUGGUGGAGUAAGUGCAGGGAGUUUUGGGAAGAGAUGGACAAACAGGGCAUUAAGAAGGACUUGCAUUCGUACUCGAUUUACAUGGACAUUGAAUGCAGGCGACGUAAGCCAUGGAAGGCUGUGAAGCUUUACAAAGAGAUGAAGAGGAAGGGGAUUAAGCUCGAUGUUGUGGCAUAUAACACGGUCAUUCGUGCCAUCGGGCUCUCGGAAGGCGUGGACUUUGCCAUUCGGUUGUGUAGGGAGAUGAGAGAAUUGGGUUAUGAGCCCAGCGUGGUGACAUACAACAUCAUCAUCAAGCUCUUGUGUGAGAAAGGCAGGGUCCAGGAUGCGUAUGAGAUGCUCGAUGAAAUGCGCAGAAGGGGUUGUAAGCCGAAUGUGGUCACAUAUAACUGCAUUUUUGGGUCUUUGGAGAAGCCUAGAGAGAUACUAAGAUUGUUUGAUAGGAUGAUCGGGAGCGGGAUCGAUCCUAGGAUGGACACAUAUGUGAUGCUCAUGAGGAAGUUUGAGAGGUGGGGAUUUCUCAGGCCUGUCUUAAUGUUAUGGAAUAAGAUGGAAGAACUAGGAGCCAGCCCCGAUGAAUCUGCAUACAAUGCCUUGAUCGAUGCUUUGGUGGAUAAAGGUAUGAUAGAUAUGGCUCGAAGGUAUGAUGAGGAGAUGCUUGCGAAAGGUCUUUCCCCGAAGCCUAGGGCAGAGCUGGCACCAAAAUCAGAGGAAGGUUCUUGAUGGUCGAAGCUUACAAACACCAUGCUAAAGAUAGGUUGCGCAGAGCAUGGAUCGCUCCGGUGGAAUGAAAAUGGUAAAGCGGAAUGUCCCUUGUCAAAAAUGUGGUUCGACUGGAGAAGGCUUCUUUUGAUCAUAAGAGUUAGGAUAAGUGCAGUAACUGUGCUUCAAGAGCAAUCGUAACAUCUCCAUUGUGGAUAUACCAGAUCGAUCCACCAAUUGAAAUGCCGGUUUUGCGCGUCAAUGAUGAUCUGCUGCUGAAUGUCUGCAGACUGCUGGGAUGAGAGCUCAAGGAUUAAACAUGUGACUCGAGAUCUAGGAGAGUAAUUGAUUUCCUGUGAGUUUAUAUCAUGCCUAAAGAGCAGAAGCGUGAAGUUGUGUAGAUUUCCCUCGAAGUUAAUGAGUAUUUGGAACUUUGAGAAGGGUAGCUGAUUCAGAAAAUUGUUCUCGCCUUCGUGGUCUCAGCUAUACGUUUGGUGAGUAAUGCUCCACGUAUUGAAAAGGCAAACUAACAAUUUGUGGAUUUACAUAACAAUCCAUGCAAGCCCAACGAAAUAUUUGGUGAAUCAAAUUUGGUAGAUUGUCUCAGUAUAGCACUCCUGUAGCAUUACUCAUAUUUAAUAUUGAAUUUGUAUCCUUGCGCUCGAUUUUAUUUUAAAUUUCCUCAAUGA